AUGUCUAACGAACAGACUUUCAUUGCUGUCAAGCCAGAUGGCGUUCAGCGAGGCCUCGUGGGCGACAUCAUCAGCCGCUUCGAGAAGAGAGGAUACAAGCUGGUUGCUAUCAAGAUGACCUCCCCAGGCAAGGAGCAUCUUGAGAAGCACUACGAAGACCUGAAAGACAAGCCCUUCUUCAAGGGUCUCGUUACCUACAUGUUGAGCGGUCCCAUCGUGGCUAUGGUCUGGGAAGGCCGUGACGCCACCAAGACUGGUCGUGCCAUUCUCGGCGCCACCAACCCUCUCGCAUCCUCCCCUGGUACCAUCCGUGGUGACUAUGCCAUUGAUGUUGGGCGCAACGUCUGCCACGGCUCGGAUGGCGUUGAAAGUGCCAAGAAGGAGAUUGCUCUGUGGUUCAGCCCCGAGGAAAUUCAAAGCUGGAAGUCUGCUCAGCACGACUGGAUCUACGAGAAAUAA